AGAUUCUAAACAAGAAAGUGAAAAAAGAAAAAGAGAAUAAAGAAAAAUCUAAAAAGAAAGAAAAGUAUAUCGUGCAUUCCAACCUCGGAAUGCAUUCACAAUUUAUCAUCCUCCAAAGCUGCGAAUUAUUUACGACUUUUUCAUUAAAGUUUGAACUUCAUCACACCUUUAAUUUCUUUACAGUAUGGGUUCUGUCGCCCCUUUUUUCCACUUUUCUUUCUCUACUCCCACUCUUUCCAUUUCAAUUCAAUCUUUCUCUCUCAUUUUCUUUCUCCUAAUAAACCCACCACAAUAACAAUUUUUCUCCCCAAUGGGUUUUCUUUCUUGCAAUGCAGAGUCUGCAAUUGCUACCUGCGAUCCACACUAUUGGGAUCUCAAAAAAAGAAACAAAUCAAUAACAAAUCGCACCUACACUGUCAAGGAGUUUCUCUACACCGACCUCGUCGCCGCCACAAACGGUUUCUCCGAUGAUAGCUACUUAGGUAAAGGCAGCCACGGCAGAGUUUACAGAGCAACGUUAAACGACGGCAACGGUAAUUUACUCGUCGCCGUUAAAACAACUAAGCAAACUACAAAGAUUACGCAUAACCAUGCUACCAACUGCACCGGUUGCGGUAACUGUACGAGUCCUGCUGAGAAUGAGAUCGAGAUUCUUUCUCAAGUUCCGAGUCCUCGCCUCGUGAAUCUCAUCGGUUACUGCACCGACCCAAACGGCAAUAAAUUAAUUGUCGUUGAAUACAUGCCAAACGGUUCGCUUCAUGAUUUAUUGCAUUCCGCGUCUAAACCGCCCGGCUGGACCAGACGAAUCCGGUUCGCAUUACAUGUUGCAAAAGCGGUUCGGUCGUUGCACGGUUCGAACCCUCCGGUGAUCCACCGUGAUAUUAAAUCCUCCAAUGUUUUAAUCGAUCAUGAUUGGAAAGCAAGACUCGGUGACUUCGGUCUUGCACUUAGAGGACACGUGGAGGACGUUCGCGUUAAGUGUACGCCACCGGCGGGGACGUUAGGGUACCUCGAUCCAUGCUAUCUUGCGCCGGGGGAUCUUAGUGCGAAGAGUGAUGUCUUCAGUUUUGGGAUCUUGUUGUUGGAGAUAAUCAGUGGAAGGAAUGCUAUUGAUGUUAAUUAUAGUCCUCCGUCGGUUGUUGACUGGGCGGUGCCGCUAGUUAGACGAGGCGACUUCGCCGGAAUCUGUGACCGGAGAAUAGGAGCACCGUCGGAUUUGUCGGUGAUUCGGCUGAUUGCGGUGCUUGCUGCGAGAUGUGUUAGAUCGACAGCGGAGAAGCGGCCGGCGAUGGUGGAGGUUGUGGAAUGUCUUAAACUGGCGGGGAAGAAGAUUCAGUCGUCGCCGAUUUGGAAUAGUUUCAGGUGGCGCGUGACGCGAGUGGAGAGUGCGCAACCGUUGAUGAAGUGUGAUGCGUAUGAUCAAGAUUAUGAUAAUUAUGAUUAUGAUUAUGGUUAUGAUUAUCAUAAUGAUUGUAAUGAUUGGGAUAAUAAGAGUGAUGAGGUUGUUGUGAAAAUCGUUAAGAGUGGGUGUGGGAGCAGCAGAAGGAAGAGUAAAGUAUCCAGUGUGGCGAGUGCAGAGUCUGUGACUAAACACUCCAAGAAAGUGGCGAGAUCUAAGCCGUCGAAAAAGGUAACUAGAUCUAAAACCGUUGGUUCUUCUUCUAGUUGUGUUAGUACUAGUAGUUCUAGUAGGAAAAGUGGGAUUAAAAUUCAAAAUCAAAAGGCUUCUGAGAAAACGCGUGCAAUGAAGCUGAAAAAGUCAAAGUCAACGGGGAUGUUGCAAGAUCCUCAUUUGGGUGAGACUGAGACGAUAACAUUAACCAUGUCAAAGUUGGUUAUUAGAGAUAAUAAGAAGUUUGAAAAGAAGAUGCUUGAAAAACCGUUGGUUUAUUCACAUGGUUGGGAGUCUGAAUAGCUUCUGCAAAACAGAGAAUCAUUUUUUUUACUACAUCAUAAUAGCGAAGAAUGAAAGUAUUUAUUGUUUAUUUAAUAAAAUUAAUUUUCAGAUUUUGAAAUGAAUAGCGACAGAUAAAUGAGUAGUUAUAGUAGUUAUUGUAUUAUGGAUUAUUAUACAGUUUGUCGAGGCUUGAAAAUGCAAGUACACUUGUCUUCUUUGAAAAAGCUGGAAGGAACAAGAUCAUCGUUUUGCAUAUGGACACUAUUUAGUUUCUUGCCGACUAGGCCAAAAUCUUGCAUUUGGACAUACUAUUAGUCACUUUCUUGUCCAUUCUAUAUUUUUUCAAUAUUAGUCAAUGUUAAGGGUAGGAAUCCACAUGACCCAAGCUGACCGAAUACAUGUUUUUAUUGAAACAAUUUUUGAUUUUGUGUUUAAACUAUUUUGAUUUGUAUUAAUUUAUGUUUCUAUGCUUUAUGUUGAAUGUUGGAAAUUUAAUUUGCAUAACA